UGCCCGUGUCACCCUCCGCAGGCACAGCCCGAGCGGCGGAGUCAGCAUCGAGCAGGAUCGAGACGCUCUUGCUGCUCCCCGGCAAGAUGGGAGACCCCUUCGGCCGCUGGAGCAGCGCCCCAUCACGGGGUGAAUAUGACGACAGGACCCCGCUCCGACGUUCCAACAGCUUCGCUCGGCUCACCGGGAAAAGCAUCUACAACCAGCGCAAGGACUACGGGCAGACCCUGCUCAAGCUCCAGAAUGAUUUCCAGCACCACGUUGAGCACCUGCUCACGAUGCACCUGGAGCGGGAUCUCCGCAGUGCCGAGGAUUGUCUGGGGCGCCUGAAGGACCUGGAGGCGCAGGGACGGAUCUGGGGGCAGGAUGUCAUCCUGGCAGUCAAGGACCAGGAGCUGGUGCUGAGCGAUGUGGAGAGCAAGGAGGAGCUGGAGUCUUUCCCGCUGGGAAGUGUGCAGGGAUGCUCCGCCGGGCUGGACAACGCGGUGCUGGCCGUCAGCGUCCAGGAGAGGAACCCGCCCAGGACCAGCGUGCUGCUCUUCCAGUGCGAGCGGCUGGGGGCAGAGACGCUGAGGAGCAGCCUGGAGAAGGUGUUGAGGCAGAGGAAGGAGGAGCAGAGCAAUCACUACGGGCACAGGUAUGGAGGGUCCCACACUGCCCCAAUGUCCCCCAACAAGCCCCCGCCUGGACGGACCCACCCCUACAUGUCGGACCCCAAUCCCCCCGAGCUGCUGCGCCUCAUCUUCUCAGCUCUGUCCUUCGUCCUGGCCCACUGCCCCAGCCCCGGCCUGGCCCCGGGGGUGGAGAGUCCUCUGCUGCUGCCGGAGGCGCUGCAGUUCCUUGAGGACACCCUGAACGAUGAGGACUACGGCGUCUGGAAGAGCCUCGGCACUGCCUGGAACAAGUCCAGGGCUGAGUACCCCAACAGCGCCCUGGUGCCCGCGUACACCCCGGUUUUUUCGGACGGGUGGCUGCCGCCCAUGAUGGAGCAGGAAGGCCGCAGGGGCCUCCAGGACACCCCACCGCCAGCCUCAGUUUCCCCAAUUCCCUUGCGACACCCUUCCCGGUCCCUGCCCCCUUCACAGCCACCGGCCACCAGCUGGAGGGACAGUCCCAGCCAAGCACCCCGUCUCCCUGCCCAGGGGCUGGUCCGAGCCCUGUACGAUUUCCAGGCCAGGAAUUCGCAGGAGCUGAGCGUCAGGAAGGGGGACAUGCUGCAGGUCUUGGACCAGCAGAGGAAGUGGUGGCUGGUGCAGGACGAGCGAGGGGACAGGGGGCACGUCCCUGGCAACAUCCUGGAGCCCCUCCCGGAGCCGGGGCACAGCGCCAGACAGGACAGUCCCCCAACCCUGCACCCCAACUCCUCUCCGGCAGAGGUGACAGCCUGGCUGAUGGACAAGGGCUUCUCGCGGAUCACGGUGCGGACUUUGGGGGUGCUGCCGGGGCACGAGCUGCUGCAGAUGAGCCCGGCCGAGCUGCGAGGUGUCUGUCCCGAGGAGUGGCGGCGGGUCCUGUUCAAGCUGUCCCCCAUCAGGACAUCCCUGGGGAUCGAUCCCAGGGACUGAGCCACCGAGGCCACGCUGAUGUCCCCAUCAUGUCGCCGCCCCGGACGGAGCACCCUGGGAACGGCUGGACUUGGGGGCGAACCCACUCCCCACAUCCCUCCUGCCCCCCCAGGACAGAGAACCACUCCUUGAAAUGAGAGAACGUCCCCCCCAAAGCCACCAGUGAGUGA